CCGAGCGGGUGAUAAAGCAAGAUGGCGUGUGUCGGAGAAGGCCUAAACGCGGGAAUUAUAUUUCUCUAUUCUUAGAUAUAUGUUGUUUAAUAGAGCACACACGGUUAAUAAUUGUUUGUUUGUGGAUACUUUAGCGCUUUGACGCUUCUCCUGUUUGCUAGCUUCAUUUGAGAUAGCUUGCAGCUAGUUUAGCUGGCUAGUUAGCUUAGCUUGUUAGCUGCUAACAAAGAGAAGCGGAAGUUAUUUAAACAUCGCUAAGUAGGGAACAAAUGUGAGUGUAAAGUGUUGUGAUUGUGGGAAAAUGUGCGAAAGAACGAUAGCAAAGUAUGAGGAGGUACUUUGUCCAACAAAAGAGGAGAAGGAGCGACAACAUCAACUACUGGAUGUUUAUUAUAAGAAACAUCAUCAAGUUGUGUUACACAGAACAGAUGUCUGUGAAGAACAUCUUCUCCCUGAGCAAAAGGAGUGUAGUCUCAGGAUGCAGCCAGGUGAGACACAACCCCCUUACUUUAAAAAGGAAGAGGAGGUGCCAGAGACCCCGCGCUUCAAAAAUAAACUGAAGCAUCCGCUGAACCCCGGCAUUGAUCGGGACAAGGAGGAACCGCUGACCCCCCACUUUAAAAAGGAAGAGGAGGCGCCACGGACCCUCUGGCCUAAAGAGGAAGAGGUGGAACACUGCAUCAGUCAGGGGGGAGAGCAUAUUGAAGGACCGGUGGGGUCUCCAGUGACUGGUGUCCCUGUGAAGAGUGAAGAUGAUGAGGAGAAGGAAGAGGCGGAGCCUCCAACUCAACACAUGACAACAGAAGCUGAUGGAGACCACUGUGGAGGAUCACAAGCAGACAAGCUCUUAGCUCCACUAUCAGAUAGUGAGGACACAACCUCACACUCUCCUGACACUGAUGAUGAAGACUCUAAAGACAAUAAGACAUGUCACACCGACGACGCACGCUUUAAAUGUUCUCACUGCGACAAAACGUUCAAUUACCGUCGGAAUCUGAAAACGCACACGAGAAGACACACCGGAGAAAAACCCUUCACCUGCUCAGUGUGCGGUAAACGUUUUGGGCUUAGUCAAAAUUUGAAAGUGCACAUGAGAACGCACACUGGAGAAAAACCUUAUGUCUGUUCAAUCUGCGGUAAGGGUUUUGGAACGAGCCACAAUUUGAAAUUACACAUGCGAAUACACACCGGAGAAAAACCUUUCAUCUGUUCAAUAUGCGCUAAAGGUUUUACACACAGUCAGAGUUUGAAAAGGCACACAAUAUUACACACCGGAGAAAAAAACCCUUUUACGUGUUUAAUCUGCGGUAAGGGUUUUGUUCUAAGUCACAAUUUGAAGGUGCACAUGAGAACACACACCGGGGAAAAACCUUUUAUAUGUUCAGUCUGCGGUAAAGGUUUUGCACAAAGUUCAUGUAUGGAAAAACACAGAAGGAUACACACUGGGGAAAAGUCUUUUAUAUGUUCAAUCUGUAGUAAAGGUUUUGUGCAAAGCAACAAUUUGAAAGUGCACAUGAGAACGCACACCGGCGAAAAACCCUUUUCCUGUUCAACCUGUGGUAAAGGUUUCACGGAAAAUCAGUGUUUGAAAAGACACACGAGAACGCACACGGGCGAAAAAUCCCAUUCCUGUUCAAUCUGCAACAGAAGCUUUUGUGACCGACCAAACCUUGUAGCACACAUGAGAACACACACUGGAGAGAAAGUGUUGAGUUGCAGUGUGUGUGGUGAAAGAUUCUCUUAUAAGUACCAGCGCAAGAAACACAAGUGUGCUGGUGAGAACAGCAGCAGCAAAUGAAACUGCAGGAUUUGAAAUAAACCUUCAAGACUUUAAUUUUGACUUUCUAACAACCUCACAUAUAACAUGUGUGACAUUGUUGUUUGUGUGUCCUUUUCAACCUAUAGUCAAUUGAAAAGACUGUAAAGACAAGAUACUCAACAUUCGAACUGGUCAACUUAUGUAUUUUUUUACAGAUAUUAGCUCAUUUGGAAUUUGAUACCUGCAACAUGUUUCAAAAAAGCUGGCCAAAGUGGCAAAAAAAGGAGCGAGAAAGUCGAGGGAUAAAUGAUAAAUGGGUUGUACUUGUAUAGCGCUUUUCUACCUUCGAGAUACUCAAAGCACUUUGACACUACUUCCACAUUUACCCAUUCACACACACAUUCACACACUGAUGGAGGGAGCUGCCAUGCAAGGCGCUAACCAGCACCCAUCAGGAGCAAGGGUGAAGUGUCUUGCUCAGGACACAACAGACGUGACGAGGUUGGUACUAGGUGGGCAUUGAACCAGGGACCCUCGGGUCCCUGGUUCAAUCCCCACCAUCACCUGCCUGCCGGGACUCCCACUGCGCCACGCCGUCCCCAGAUCAAUUGACACGGUGAAAAAAUGGUAGAGUGAUGUACAAAAAAAACAAUUCCUUAUCAGAACCAUCCAAGGAUAUGCUGGACAUGGAAAAUACCUGGUGAUAGAGGUAGAAACAAAAAUGAUUUUUUAUUAUUAAGGAGCGGUUUAAAAACUCUAUCCUUAGCAGGGGAUGAAAUUGAGACUCAAAAACAUCCCAAAAAAUAAUAUAUAUAUAUAUAUAUAAAUAAAAAAUAAAUUAAAAAGGACCAAGAUCUUCAAAAUAAUGUUGCUACAACAGUGUCAAACAAAUUUAAAGCUAAAAAUGCUACACACAUUCACAACUGCAGAAGACAGCAAUAAUAUAUAAUCCAAACCACGGAAAAACAUGUUCCUGUUGUUAAAUGUAAAAAAUGGAUGACUCAAGAAAUUCUUGAUUAAUUGGACACGGGCAGAGUAUCAAAACAUAACAAAAGUGAGUACAACAAACUUGAUAAGCUUAUAAAGAAGAAAUGCAACAUGGCUAAAGAAGUCUGGAUAAACUCAGAAUGGGAAGAAAUAAAACAACACAAGGACACUGAUAACAAGUACAUGAACCAAAAGAUCAAUGAAGUCAACAGGACGCAGGGCCCCCCAAAGUCAGCAUGCAUCAAAUCAAAGGAAGGCAUUCUGUCAAGAUAGUCAGAAUAUAUUAAAGAUUUAAUCCAUGACGACCAAGGCCCAGCUCCAACUAUAAAAAAAAACAUGGAAGGCCUACACUAUAACAGAAGAUGAAGUGAAAAAUGCCGUGUCCAAAAUGAAACAUGAUAAAGCGGUUGGAGCAGAUAAAAUACCAAUUCAAGUCAUAGAAGCACUCGAAGAAAUUGGAACAUCAAAGCUGACAAAACGGUUUAACAUCAUUUACGACGACGGGCAAAUUCCAUCAGAUAUGUACAAUCUAUUUUUAUUACUCUGCCAAAGAAACCAGGACUCAUAGACUGUGAUCAACAUGGAUUAACAAGCUUUAUAAGUCAUACCACCAAAAUGUUUCUUAAGAGUACUGAUGGCAAGAGCAAGGACUAAGAUACAUCCAGAGUUUUCAUCCAAACAAUUCAAAUUUCUCCCUGACCAGUGCACCAGAAAUGCUAUAUUCACACUUUGCAUGGUAAUGGAAAGAUCAAUAGAAGUGCAAGCGCAUGUAUACGUGUGUUUUAUUGACUAUUCAAAAGCAUUUGAUAAAGUGAAAAAUAAAAACCUUUGCCAAAUCUUGAAUGAGCUGGAUAUUGUUGGGAAAGAUCAGAGGGUUAUCAGAAAUAUGUACUGGGAACAAGAAUCAGCAGUCCGAAUAGAUGGUGAAUGCAGUCAAUUCGAAUCCAUUCAAAGGGGUGUUCGACAAAGUUGUGAACUAUCUCCUGAUCUGUUUAACAUCUACAGCGAAAUGAUCUUAUGCAACAUCAAUCAUCAAGACGGCAUAAAAGUUGGAGAAAAUAACGUUAACCUCAGAUGUGCAGAUGACACUGUGCGAGUAGCUGACUGAAGAAAAACUACAGAACAUCCUGAAAAGAGUAAUCGCCCACAGUGAAGCUAACGGACCGGCUCUAAACCUCAACAAAAGUGACAGUUUCCAAGAAACCACAUCUAUGUAACAUCACAUGCAAAAAGAAUAUUAAAAAAAAGUGGAUCAAUUCAACUACCUCAGCGUCAAAGUAACAUCUGAUGGUAGGUGUGAAAAAGAGAUAAACGGAUUGCCAUAGGGACGGCGUGGCGCAGUGGGAGAGUGGCCGUGCGCAACCCGAGGGUCCCUGGUUCAAAUCCCACCUAGUACCAACCUCGUCACGUCCGUUGUGUCCUGAGCAAGACACUUCACCCUUGCUCCUGAUGGGUGCUGGUUGGCGCCUUGCAUGGCAGCUCCCUCCAUCAGUGUGUGAAUGUGUGUGUGAAUGGGUAAAUGUGGAAGUAGUGUCAAAGCACUUUGAGUACCUUGAAGGUAGAAAAGCGCUAUACAAAUACAACCCAUUUAUCAUUUAUUUAUUUAAAUGACAGCUUCAACAAAACAAGUCUUAUAUUUAGAAAUAGAAAUAUCUCAACUGACACCAAACUCAGAGUCAUCAAAACAUAUGUACGGUCUGGUCUGUUCUGCUUUACGGCAGUGAAUGCUGGACUUUAAAUAAACAACAACUGAGAAAAUUAGAGGCAACUGUAAUGUGGUUCUUAAGAAAAAUACCCCACAUAUUAAGGACUGAAAAGGAAAGUCAUGAAGAAGUAUUGGCGUGGGCAAAAGCAAGAAGAUCUCUCAUUGCAACGAUUCAAAAUAGGCAGCUGGAAUUCCUCAGACAUGUCAUUAGAAAAGACAGCUUAGAAAAACUGAUAUUAACAGGAAAACUAGCAGGAAAAAAAAGCUGCAGGUCCACAACGAACAACAGCCUAAGAAAUGUUAUCAGAAAUAUAAAUAAAAUAUAUCUCAUACAAAGAGCGGACAACAGAGAAGACAGGAGAGUCCUGAUCAUCAAUAACUGAUACUCCACGAUGAAUUGGGGUAUCAGGCAUUGUAUCGCAUGUAAUUGAAGAUGGUUUCGCAAAACUAAAAGUUUGUAUAGUGAAGCAGAGUAACCCAUAAACAAUCAGUGUAAACAUGAAUAACUGCUUCUGGCUUCUAUUUUUUUGUGACAAACAAAUAUGUGCUCCAAUCACUCUAUCACAAAAAAAUAAGACUUGUAGAAAUGAUUGGAAAACUCAAGACAGCCAUGACAUUAUGUCCUUCACAAUUGUAAACUUCUGACCACGACUGUGUAUAUAAACCAAGAUGAGAGGGUAAUGGCUCAACAAUCUCCUUUAUCCAAACAACACAACAACACAGCAAGUCUAAAUGAAAAUACAAACACACACACACACACGCCUGCACGCCCACACACACACAGACACGCACACACAAACACAAGUCUUGGUGUGCUCCAAAACCAAACAAAUCAAAAAAGGAAAAUAAUUUUACCUUCUGUAUGGGAAUAUUUGUGGAAUUGUUGAACACUUGGGGAGUUUAAGGUUGAUAAAAAAAAGCAGUAGUUUCACAUGUGAGGUGGUCCUUCAUCAGCCUGUGUCCCGGUAGUGCCCUUUCCUUCGCAGUAAUAAAGAUCUGCCGUGGCAUCUUUUUCGGUCUUAGCAGAAUUAAAGACUUGCUGCAGAACCAAACCCCCAUUUGCUGAUAAAAUCCUCGAACUGAAGAGGCUGCAAGUCAUGGGUUAACUAGCUAAAACGCUAGCUCAAAGUCGUUGUCUAGAAACCUGAAGCACUACAGCCAGACUGAGCGUUUAAACACAUUUUAAGCAUUUCUAAUCACACGCAGGGCCAACAAAGAUAGACAACAUUCACACUCACAUUUGCACACUAAGGCCAAUUUUAGUGUUGCCAAAGAACCUAAGCUUGUCUUUGGAGGUCGGAAGAAGCCGGACUACUCAUAGCAGGGGUCUCAAACAUGCUGCCCGUGGGCCAAUUGCGCCCCGCGAGACGUUAUAAUGCGGCAUGCGCUCUGAUAUGACAAUUUAAUGUUUUCGCGGCCCGCGAGUUUAAUAUGAAGGGCGCUUGACAGCGUCAUACUUGCCCACGUCCCCAAUUUUCCAGGGAGAGCCCUGAAUUUCAGGGCACCAAUUCUCUCGAUGCUGCUGUCAAUUAUUACCAGAUCAAAAAUAUUCAGGGAGUGCCAUAUUGGCAUUGCCCUUAGCGCCCCUUACAUCCUGAACUUGCUGCGGGCAAGCCUAUUUGUAUGUUGCAUCUGGCCAUGUGCAUCAUUGCAAGACAUACUUGAUCAACAGCUACACACGUCACACUAAGAGUGGCCGCAAAAAAAACCUUUAACACUCCUACAAAAAUGCGCCACACCGUGAACCCACACCAAACAAGAAUGACAAACAAACCUCGGGAGAACAUCCGCACCGUUAUACAACACAAACACACCAGAACAACCACCCAGAACCCCAUGCAGACCUAACUCCAUACACACCCCUGCCACCACCAACCAACCCACCCACCCUACUUGCGUCGGUUGAGGUGUUGUAUAUUGUAGCCCUGCAAGGUGUUCUGGGCACUUGCUCUCCUGUGCCUAAGCCGGGUUAGGGUGCGGAAACUCUCCCAAAAAGGGUCCGUCAUCCCUGUCUGGCGUGGGCUCAAAGCGCGGCGCACAUCUGCAAAAGCGCCAAAGCUGUUUACACGGCACCCUCAGUAUGAACUGAAUGGCCGCUAAACAAGUACGUCCUGCAGCCACGCACGUCCUUCUGCACAAGUCUCACACAACAUGUAAAAGAGCGUGCACAUCAGUUAAAUGAUGUAGAAGCGUGCGCGAUGACUUGUAGUGGUUUGGUAGUCUUCUUUUGGGGGUGUGCGGACCCCUGGAGGUACUUGAAGAUAUGCAAAGGCAUAAGUGAGAUUUAUUAAAAACAUUCUAAAUAUCAGCAGCAAUUCAUAAAUCCUUUAUACAUAGGAAUAUUGAAUAAUACUUCAAUGAAGUAUGAAUGUAAGUUCAUAAACUGUGGAAAAAUAAUACAACAAUCCAACAUUGAGUGUUGAUAGCGACACACGUUGUGGACAUGUUCCAUAAAUAUUGAUGUUAAAGAUUGUUUUUUUGUGAAGAAAUGUUUAGAAUGAAGUUGAUGAAUCCAGAUGGAUCUCUUUUAAAAUCCCCAAAGAGGGCACUUUAAGUUGAUGAUUACUUCUAUGUGUAGAAAUCUGUAUUUAUAAUUGAAUCACUUGUUUAUUUUUCAACAAGUUUUUUAGUUAUUUUUAUAUCUUUUUUUCCAAAUAGUUCAAGAAAGACCACUACAAAUGAGCAAUAUUUUGCACUGUUAUACAAUUUAAUAAAUCAGAAACUGAUGACAUA